AGACCAUUCCUAUUCCACAACGACAGGUGGCGCUGUUCUGCACCAUCUCGUUAGAGAAAUCCCGUUCGCUUCUUCCAUCGUCACUGAUGUUAUGGCGGACUACAACAAGCACAGCAGCAAGCGGCUCUCCGACGAUGGAGCAGGACCGGAGGAGAAGGAAGGCAGUGUGAAAACUAAGACUGUCUCUUCCAGCACUGGAGGAGGGGGGAAACGCUCGGCCCAGGAGGUCAGCCCUGGCCCGGGGAAGGUGUCCACCUCGAGCCACCCGGUACCCCCGGCCCCCAAAGUCUCCAAGAUAGGAUUUGGUCUGAUCAGCCAGCCUAUAAAGAAGCCUGCGCCCAUCUCCAUCAAGCUGGGUGCUAGUAAACCCAAAGAGCCUGUACCUGUACCUGCCAAGAAACCAGCUCUGGCCUCGGUUUUCAAUGUUGACUCUGAUGAUAGUGAGGAGGAGAUGCUAACAGGUGUUUUCUCCUCUGACAGAGUGAGGAGGAGAUGCCUGCAGAAGCCAAGAUGAGGAUGAAGAACAUUGGCAGGGAGACGCCCACGUCAGCAGGCCCCAACUCCUUCAACAAGGGGAAGCAGGGAUUCUCCGACCACCAGAAGCUCUGGGAGAGGAAGCUCAAGUCUCAGACGGACACUGACCAAUAGGGCUCCGCCUCAUUGGUUAUUAGUCACAGUAAGACCAGUAGGGCUCGGCCUUACUGGGUUGCUAAUGACAAUAGUCAAACUGCACACCGUGUUUGCUUUUGUGUGGAAUGAUGUCACCUUGAUUGAGUGCUGUUUCUCUUCGUUUGACUGUUGACGAUGGUGUAAAAACAAUGUACAUACUGCUAUGUAAUGAUGGGGAGACAUUCGUGCUAUCAAGCAUAUUUGUUUUGUUUUGUUUUAAGCUUGUGUGUGUGUGUGUGUGUGUGUGUGUGUGUGUGUGUGUGUGUGUGUGUGUGUGUGUGUGUGUGUGUGUGUGUGUGUGUGUGUGUGUGUGUGUGUGUGUGUGUGUGUGUGUGUGUGUGUGUGUGUGUGUGUGUGUGUGUUAUAUAGCAGACUGGAGUGGGUGUAGUUCAGAGCAAUGAGGAUACGUUUUGGGAAAGGGAACUUUAAGACAACUUAAUAAUAGUUUGACUCAUCUAGGAUAUAUCACUACUUUAUAACAGUCCUAACAGGGUUUUCAACCCUGGCCUUUCCCUCACUGUCUGUCAUGCCUUUACAGAGUGAUCCCAGACAGGAACCAUUUCUCCCGUGCCUGAGGUUGACAUGUAGAAAUAUUCAUAUUAGGACAAUAAACUUACAUUCAAUUCCAAAACGAAA